CUUUGUACCUGCGAACUACAACUCCCAGCAUUCCUCACCGGGAGCCUGGGAAAGCCGUGCUUGGCUUGCCCGGACGCGGAGCUGCCUGCUUCUGCGCCCCUACAGCGGGUUCGGGGGACACGUCGAGCCGCUGGGUAGUCACUUUUAAACAGCGGAGAGUCGCAGCGUGGCAUUUCCUUUCAGCAUUGUUUUCCAGAGCCUGUCAGCAUGGGUAAUGGCAUCGAUAAGGUCCUGCCUGACUUAUACUUGGGAAAUUUCAAAGGUGCGUAUGCAAGAGACCGAGAACAGUUAGCCAGAAACAACAUCACGCACAUCCUGUCCAUCCAUGACAGUGCAGCUCCUAUCCUCCAGGAGAUGACCUAUCUCUGCAUUUCAGCAGCUGACCUGCCCACACAAAACCUGAUUCAGCACUUUAAACAAAGUAUAAUGUUCAUGCACGAGUCCCGCCUCAAAGGAGAGGGUUGCCUCGUUCACUGUUUGGCAGGUGUGUCCCGCAGUGUCACCCUGGUAGUAGCUUACAUCAUGACAGUGACAGGACUGGGCUGGCAGGAGGCACUGGCUGCAGUGAGGGCAGUCCGGCCCUGUGCCGGCCCCAACCUAGGAUUUCAGCGCCAGCUCCAGGAGUUCGAGGCUACUCAAGCUGAUGAAUUCAGAGAAUGGCUACGGAGAGAAUACGAGGACAACCUUUUCAAUGAUGAGGCUGAUAUACGUGACUUGCUUGACAGGGCGACCAAAGUCCCUGGUGAAGAGGUGAAAAAACCGGCAUCUACCCCACCUGGAGGUGUCUGAUCAGAAAUUUCAAUGAGAUCUUUUUGUAGCUGAGUCUGGAGGAUUACACCACUGUGCGAUGCCUAAGUUUUUCUCUGCCUGUCUGGAAGUCUAACGUGCUUUGGGGUGGACUACUGUCAGGAUGUUUAUUGCAGCUGGAACGAUCCUCUAGAUAUAAUGGACAUGAACACUGGAAGAGACAGUUAUUAUGUAGAGCAAAUACUCAUUUUUAACAUGGAUUGAUUGAUGUUUCUGGUGCUCUUUUUUUUUUUUAAUUUAUAAAUGCUGUUAACUGUGUUUUGUGUAUUGUAUAAUUUUAAAUAGUGAAAUAAAAGGAGUAAAGUCAA